AUGGGGAAUGAUAGUUCUCUUGCAACUGUGGAGAUUACCGUACACCCUACCAUUUUCCCAAGAGCUGGAUAUGGAGUCUUGGCUUUCCUGAUGUUUCUUAAUGCUUUAUUUUCAAUAUUUAAUAAUUUGGUUAUUGCUGUAACGCUGAAGAAUCCUCAGCUCCGUAACCCCAUCAACAUAUUCAUUCUUAACGUCUCCUUUUCAGAUCUUAUGAUGUCCCUCUGUGGAACCACCAUUGUCAUAGCUACAAACUACCGUGGAUUCUUCUUGGGAAAGAGGUUCUGCACUUUCCAGGGAUUUGCUGUCAAUUAUUUUGGAAUUGUUUCUCUUUGGUCCCUGACCAUUUUAGCUUACGAAAGAUACAACGUGGUCUGCCAGCCUCUGGGAACUCAGAUGAGCACAAAGAGAGGUUACCAGCUCCUUGGUUUUAUCUGGUUUUGUUCUUCUUGGGCUGUGGUCCCACUCUUUGGCUGGAGUUCUUAUGGACAAGGAGUCCAGACAUCAUGCUCCAUUGGCUGGGAAGAUAGAUCUUGGAACAACUAUAGCUUUCUCAUUGUAUACUUCUUGUCCUGCUUCUUUAUCCCUGUCCUGAUCAUUGGGUUUUCAUAUGGCAAUGUCAUUAGGUCACUGCAUGGGCUAAAUAAGAAAGUUGAAGAAAUGGGAGGAAAAGGUAAUCCGGAAGAAGAGUUUCGAGCCGUAGUUAUGGUGCUUGUGAUGGUGGUGGCUUUUUUGAUCUGCUGGCUACCAUACACAGUCUUUGCUCUUACUGUUGUUAUUGAUCCAGCCCUGAAUAUUUCCCCUCUGGCUGCAACCAUCCCAACAUAUCUCUCCAAAACAAGCCCAGUAUACAACCCAAUCAUCUACAUUUUCUUGAACAAACAGUUUCGUGAGUGCGCGGUUGAAUUUAUAACCUGUGGCCAAGUUGUUCUGGCAAAACCAGAUGAAGAGAUUUCGACAUCCGCAGCUCCAGCUGAAUCCAAAACACCUUGUAAGAUCAACCAAGUGACUCCAGUCUGAUGUAGUUCUAUUGGCUGCAUUUCACAACAUUUUGUG